UGAUGGAGGCGGCGGUGGCUGAGGCGCAGCGUGCGCUGGCUGAGGGUGAGGUGCCUGUUGGCUGCGUGUUUGUGGAUGACAACGGCAACGUACAAGCAGCAGGGCGCAACCAAACGAACAUUGAGCACAACGCUACCCGCCACGCAGAGCUGGUUGCCUUUGACGACUGUGUUGCGAGGUGCGGCGGAGAUGUGGAAAAGGCCAAGGAUAUUGUAGCCAGUUGCACGCUCUACGUAACGGUUGAACCGUGCGUGAUGUGUGCCUAUGCGCUGCGCCUGCUCGGGGUCACAAGAGUCGUGUUUGGCUGCCACAAUGAUCGGUUCGGCGGCUGCGGCUCCACCAUGGACGUUGCCACGUGCGAGACGCCAGACGGCCUGCCCAAGUUGCAGCUGGAGGCCGGGCCCAUGCGCACGCGGGCCAUCAACUUGCUCAAGCUGUUCUACGUUAACGAAAACCCCAACGCCCCGCGGCCAAAACGCAAGACGCGCCGUGACCCAAAGCUUCUGCCUGAACAGCAGCAGCAGCAGGGAGGAGGGGAGACAGAACAUGGAGGAGGAGAGCAAGGACAAGGAGGAUAGAGGGCAGCCACGCGGGAACAAGAACAACAAGUACAAGAACAUGAAUAGCAGCAGCAGCAGCAGCAGAAGGGAAAAGGAGCGAGAAAGAAGACCCACCAGCAACAACAACAACAACAACAACAACA